AUGCGGACGCGGUUUCGACUGCAGGCCGCGAUCGGCCCAUUACUUGUGCUCGCAUUAGCAGCAAUAUUCGCUAGCUGCCAGGAAGUGACCAACGAGCACGAGACAAGCCUCGCACAAGAUUUACAAAUCCAAGAAUGGAUGCGAGAACUGCGUCGAGCCAAAAGGGCUACUUCCAAAAACACCCAAUUGGCGAUCGCCGUGCUGCCCGGGUUCGACUUGAAGAAGUUGCCCCGCGAGCUGUGGGAUCGUGAAUUCGGCGGAAGUGAUCCGAUGAAGAGACGACGGAGGGGACGGAUCUCACGCGUGAAACGUCGCACCUUCUGCCCUCUUCUCGAUCCGCGGUCAUCGUUGCCGCCCACGGUGGUGCUGGGGUCAAACCACACGGGGCGGUGCGUCCUCUCCGCCGAUCAGGCGUCUCACUUCUGCGGCGUCGAAGAAGUGUCAUCGCCGCCAAUUCCACCACCCGAGGCUGGGAAGUGCAUCACUUCUAAUGGGGGUAGAGAGAUCUGCUACCCAGCCUAUGAGGACCUUGACACCUCAUGUACAGAUGUCGGGGGUGGAUCAAGCGUCGGACUUGUCGCGCCACCAAAAGUGGAACACGCCACUGUACGCGCGAUGGCAUUUGUCCCACCGGACAACUUGCGCCGGCUCAUCAUCCAAUACUAUCGGCAACACGGGAAAGCGUUGCCAAAGAAUACGACUUUUCCCGGAAAGUCGUUUCUUUUUGUUAAAUAUCACUGCGAAACCGGGUACGACAUGCGGGACGAGAUUGACACGAUGUUCUGUCAAAACAGCGAAUGGGUAAAAACGAGGCCAGAAUGCGUCGGACGAGGGAAAUGUGCUGGGGAUAAUGGGGGUUGUUCACACACAUGUGUCUCAUAUGAUGACAAAGCUGAAUGCCGGUGUCCCAGGGGACUUACCUUGGAUGUCGAUGGGAAAACUUGUAUCAAGCCGAUGCCACAAGAACUUUGCCGCCGUGUAAAAGGCUGCUCUUGUAAUUCGAUCGACGAUGUUCAAUAUUCAUGUACUUGCCCCAUGGGCGUUAAAUGUUUAUUAAAAAGAGGGCCUCCGAAGAUCUAUCUCAACCCGCCGGGCCCUUUUGAAGUUGCUCCUGGCGGUAAUGUGAACAUCACCUGUGCCACCGUUGGAUACCCGUUUCCCGAAAUUUAUUGGCAAAGGGAAGAUGAGGAGGAAAAUCGAAUUCCGGUACCGGCCGGAAAUGCCAAGGCCGAGCAAAUUCUGAUGUUGAAGGAGUUGAACAAAAACACGAAAUUUACUUGCUACGCCUCGAACGAAAUGGGAUCUGCGAAUCGAACUGUACAUAUUAUCAUCACCGGACCUGGCCAAUCACCGAUCUUACGCGGAGUUAAAUCUGGAAGGACCGAUAUUAGCGUCCGAUGGGAUCCACCAUCUAUUUUGAACCGACCGAUCACCACCUACACCGUCUACUACACACCCAUCCCAAAUGCACCUAUGGAUAAAUGGAAGAAAGUUGAGAUUUCAGAACCCACUCGUGAGGCAACAAUUCCUGGGUUAAAGCCGAACACAAACUACCGUGUUCGGUUAAGGGCACACGAUGCGAUGGGACCUGGAAAACUUGGAUCGCCAGUAAACGUUCAAACACUAGCCGCUGCCAAACCGCCACGAGUUAUCAUCCGGCAAGGCGGUGAGCUGAAGGUCGCACCCCUGAAACCCUUUGAACUGGAAUGCAAAGUGACGAGCGCCGAUCCGAUUCCGCUUGUUUCAUGGAGACACAAAAACCACAUCAUGCAAACCGGAGGCCACAUCACGUCUGUACGACUGAAGCACGGCGGUCUCCUCGAAACCACAAAUUUGACUUGCCAUGCCGAAAAUGAAGCAGGAACUGGGAAAGCGGAUAUUCGAAUUUUGAUUACUGGUCCCGGAGCUCCGGAGCGAAUUCGUUAUUCGGUCGAAGGAGACAAAGUACAUUUGCAAUGGGAACCACCAAAGGUGACGAAUGGUCCUCUAGUUGGCUACGAUGUCCUCUACACGGAUAUGCCUAUUCUUCCCGAAGAGGAGUGGCAGGUAUUCCCGGUGAACACUGGACACGCAAAGGGUGUAACAGUUCCCAACCUCAAGGAAAAGCAAAACUACACGUUUGCCAUCCGCGGCCGAAAUCGGCAUGGGCCCGGCUUGCUCGGACCAAAAUUUGCUGCCAAGACCUGGCUGGGCGCAAAGGCUCCAACCGUCGAACUCACCCCAUCAGAAAAACAAGAACUUCCGCCAACGCAAGACGAAUUGUCGGUGGAAUGUACGGCAAAUGGUGUGCCAAAGCCGAAAAUCAUUUGGUUAUGGAAUGGGCAGUUGGUUGAAGAUGGAAAGGACGAAUUCCGGCACUAUGAUACCACACCAGCCGAAGUGAAGGAUUAUGCGUCAAGCAAGCUGAUUGCACAAUCAACGACCAGGACUGGGCAUUUGACCUGUCAAGCCAUCAAUGAAGUUGGAUCCAACCAGCAGGUGCUCGAUGUGACUGUUCUUGGCCCCGGAUCACCACCGCAAAAUAUCCACACCUCUCCGAUGCACCAAGGAUUCAAUGUUUCUUGGCUGCCACCAAAACAGCCUAAUGGGGUCAUCAAGAACUACAUCAUCUACUACACGAAAGAUCCAGAACAGGACAUUGGAGACUGGGAAACCAUGUCUGUUGGAGAAUCAGCAAGGAACGCCACCGUUUCCGUUGAUGAGGAAGAUACCCCUUAUACCGUCAAAUUGCAAGCAGUUUCCAAUGAUGGUCCGGGUAUCAUAUCGAAUGCAUAUGACGUCACUACAGGCCGCAAGCAAGUGCCACUUUCCGUCAAGAUUGUUAUCACCAAGCCAGAAUUUGAAGAGGGUCAGGACGAAGCUGAAGUGGCGCCAGCGCAACCUAUUCAUUUCCGGUGUGUUGCUGCUGGCCGCCCGAUGCCUUCGGUCACUUAUUCGUGGCUUCCGGUGAAUCCGUCUGAAGGAUCAGGAGACGAACCCGUCCCGAUGCCAGUAAAUCCGGAAGAAGACAACCCGCAUCACUAUGAAUCUAUCGAAGUCUACUCCACCACUUCAUCGCCUAGGAAACUUCUAUGCCAGGCACGCAAUCAGGACGGCACGGUGGAGGACAGCAAGACGUUCAUUGUCAAACAACCCGGUAGCCCACCGAAGGAUGUGGAAGCUGUUGUUGACACUGACAACCGUGUCACGCUCUCCUGGGCUCCCCCGAAAUAUCCAAACGGUGACGUCAAGGGAUAUACUGUCUACCUGACCGGCGACCCAUCGAAGCCGGUAGAAGAAUGGCAGGUCUUUAAAAUCGAGGACCCAUCCAAGCCGUCGAUUGUAUUCCUUCGCGGCGAGCUCGAGCCCGACACCCCGUAUUACAUUAGGGUGUCGGCGAGUAACGACGCUGGCGAAGGGGUACUUUCUGACCCACAUCAUUUCAACACUGUUUCUGGUGCACCAUUGGAUGCGCCGCAAGAAGUGACAACCGACGUGGCCCUUGACAAUACCAUCACAAUUGCCUGGGCACCUCCCCAGGAACCGAAUGGACCCAUUAAGGAAUACACUGUCUACUUUGCACCUGAUGACGGUACUGCUGACAGUGAAUACACGGAUUGGCCGAGAAUACAGGUUCCUGCCAUCAGCACAAAUGGAGCCAACGUUACGAUCCCACAGGAACAAUACCAAAUCUUGCCAAACACGCCUUAUAAAAUCAGGAUAUCUGCGACGAACGACCUCAGCGAGGGGCCAGUUACUGAGGAAAUUGUAUUUGAAACGGGCAGUGGCGAAACAGCACCAGUCAUUACGGUCGAUCACGAGUCACCGAUUAUGGUCGACCCGUUGGGGGCAGUUUCUGUCGUCUGUACGGCCACUGGUGUACCAACGCCGACGGUUAAAUGGAUUAUUGACGACCAAGAGACCAUCGAAGGUGGUGUUCUCCAAAAAACUGGACUGCUCCGCGAUAUUCACGCUUUGUGCGAAGCCGAAAACAAUGCCGGAAAAUCCGCGAAGCCUGUCCAAAUUCAAGUAAAAGGACCGAGCACUCCGCCCAAUGAGAUCACUGUCCGUCCGCUACCGAAGCAAGACAUCAUCGUAGAAUGGACAAACCCUGAUGAGCCAAAUGGGCAGAUUACCGGAUACAUUGUACAUUAUGGAGAAGUUCCGGAAGGUUCGAAUGAACCGGCCGAAUGGAAGACGAUCGAAGCUGGACCUGAUGGAGUUUCACAAAAAUUGGAGUCUUUGGAACCGAAGAAAAACUACGCGAUCCGUAUUCAGGCCGUCAGUGAUAGGGGCCCAGGCGUGUUGUCACCGACUCAAACCGUCAAGACGCUGCCUCUUGCACCCGCCAAGAUCGACGACGUGAAGGUGACGGUACAUAAGAACAAUUCCGUGUUUUUGGAAUUCGCACCGCCCGCUGAUCCAGAGGAUCCUGGAAAGCACAUCGGGGACUUUGUCGUCGAAUACACAGAGGACGAUCCACCAACCGAUGAGACGGAAUGGAAGGUCUUUACCUAUCACGAUCCAGAGCCGGAAGAUUCGGAAGUUGUGGUCAAAAUCGAGGAAGCCCUCGAGCCAGAAACGACCUAUAAUGUACGAGUGGCGGCAAGGGGAGAGGUUGAUGGUGAACCAUGUGAUCCACUUGUCUUCACAACUGGCGACGGCAUCAUUCCUCCAUCCACCCCGGUUUUGAACGUCGACGCAGAGGAUGAUACGAUUAAUGUGCCAGCAGGCACGGAUUAUUCGAUUGAAUGCUCCAGCGAUGGCCACCCUGAUCCGGAGAUCCAAUGGCUUGAUGAAAACGGAGAACUAUUAUCUGAUGGCAAUAAGCUCACCCUGCAAGAUAUUCGACGAACGGUCGAAGCGAAAUGCGUGGCUAAAAACGCCGGUGGUGAAAGCGAAGCUCCAUUUACUAUCCACGUCGCCGGCCCCGGCUCGGCACCAGAGGACGUUCAUCUGACCGCUGACCGACCAAAAACAAUCACAGCCAUGUUUGAUCCACCCGAGAUCCGUAAUGGUAACAUCACAAAGUACAUCGUCUAUUACAAACCUCUGGCAGAUCAGAACCCCAACAACCAAAUCGGGCAGGUGGUGGAGGAGCCAGUUUCUUCAUGGCCGAAUAUGCAUCACGACCAGGGUGACCUGAACAAUGGACCUCAGACAGUGAACGUGAAACAAUUCAUCGAACCAGACACCGCAUACGCUAUAGUAGUGCAAGCCGUAAAUGACGAGGGCAGCGGUCCCUAUUCAAACCAAUACACUAUUCGUUCGAUGAGCAAAGCCCGCAUGGAGCCACCCGUGGAUCUCGUCGUCAAUCCAAAUGGACAGAAAUCGGCUAGCAUUCAGUGGAAAAUGAAUCCACCUCCGGAUGAUCAAAGACCGGUAGGAUACGAAAUUUUUUACGUGCCCGGAGACAAAAGCGUCGAUGCGGAUGAGCAAGCUUCAUCGGAUUGGUUCAAAAUUUCCAUCGACGAUCCUGACAAACUGGCCCACGCCAUUAACAACCUGCUUAAUCCUGACACAGACUAUGUGUUUAAGAUCCGUGCCGUGUACGAAGAUGGGCCAAGUGUCUUUUCGCAGCCAUGCAUUAUGAAAACUCUUCCUGACGGCACUGCUCCUUACAUCACGGUUUCAAACGGCGACAAUGGAGUCGAAGGGCUCACAGAAAUCGAUGUACUGCCCGGCUCAACAAUUACUGUAGCCUGCAACGCCACCGGACAUCCUCAACCGAAAGUUGAAUGGAUUCGUGCUGGAAGUGCUUCGAUUGACCCCUCAACGGUUCACGCAGACGAGGUGGCCACAGCAUUUUCGCUUCAUGUCGCGAAUUUGUCCGAAGACACGACGUUCAACUGUUUGGCCCAAAACUCGCUUGGAAAGGCAAACUGGACUAUUUCCUUGAACAUGCUUCCAGGCCUCAAGCCAAAUUGGCAGGAAGACUUUGUAGUCGCUAAGAUACACGAUGGAAUCCCAGUGUUGAAAUUUACGGAUUUUUUACCAUCAUACUUGAAAACACCGAACGAGUGGCGCAUCUACUAUAGCGAAGACCCGGGUAAACGACGUGAUGAAUGGCAUCAGAUCGAUGCUGAGGGACGACCGCUGUCGAUUGUUCAGGCUCCAGAUAUGACAUCUGGUACAUUCUACUAUGUUGUCGUGGCAAACCCGGAGCGUGGAAUCGAGAGUCCGACCAUCCUCGUCCAAACGCCAAAGCCGCCCCACGACCUGCGAGUUGGCACAAACAUUAACGAUGAGAUCGUUAUUGAUUUCAAGCCGGCAAUUUCAUAUCAACCGAUUAAGAGUUAUUCGAUCCGCUACUGGCCAAUCGGAAACGCUUCUGCUGUCCCACAUAAAAUCACAGUUGGUCCCGAAGAAACUUCUGCCGUGCUUUAUCCAGUCCAGCGAGAUUCUGACUAUUACGUUAGCGUAGCCGCGGAAUAUUUCGAAGAUGACGAACUACCCAGCGAUCCGGUGCAGAUCCACACACCUCCUGGAGAGAUCAAGUGCAACUGCGCCCAUGCCUGCCGGAUCAUUGAAAACGACGAUGGCACUAUGAACAGCGAAUGCUACUGCCACCCGGGUUUUGAACUACAGGCUGAUGGAGGAUGCUUAGCUAUUGAUGAGACGCAGACCGAACCCAAGGUCAUUCAGGUUGAUCCAACAGCAUUGGGUGAAGGUAUUCAACCAGUCGAGCUACAAUCAACAACGAAAAUGCCGCUAUUGAUCACCACCGAUGCUGAAGGCAAUCCCAUUCCCCCGGUCGUUUCUCCGAUUGGACGGCCACUCUCAAUCAAAGAUGGCGAAUAUGUGGACCCAAAUGGCAAACCAAUCCAAAGAAAUGAGGCCCAGCGGCCAGUCGAUCCGGCAGGGAAUGAACUGCGCAAAAACGAGCAAGGAGAGGCCGUCUACCCCUACAUUGAUCCCAAAGGGGAAGCCCAUCCGACCCCACCAGUGUUCACAAUGAAGAUGGAUGGAUCUUUGCGAUUGACGGAG